GUGCGCUACUGAAGUCGUAAGCGAGUGGUUUUGUAGAUGGCCGCAUUGAGUAUAUAUCCAAAUUCAGCGAGUACCUUCACCGCUGGCCCCUGGGGUAUUUUCUCUCGUACUCGCUGAAUUUGGAGAUAUACGAGUCAAUGCGUUAUAGGUGAUCAUUCUCCACAUGACAUUAGCUUGGUCAGAACCUUCUUAUUUUCUAGAAACCGAGCGGGCUCGAAAUCAUAUAAGAGGGUGCUCGACACUCUUAGGAAAGCUAAGUCCUCGCACACCUUGUGUACCCCUUAUUCAUAGCUGAAUUGAGAGAUUCAACCUAUCCUCUAUGACAUGGCUACGCCCGCAGUUUCAACCUUCGUUGACACUGUGAUCUUGCGACCUAUCGUCGUGGCGAUAAACACUUUUGCGCUCGCAUCCCUUGUGUCUUACAUAAUCGCCGAGCAGCUUGACUGGAGGCCGAUCACCAUAUGGGUGACAUGCGACAUCAUUGCUGUUGGUGUUGACCACUUGAAGGAUCAAGAAGUUGCCAUUGGCGCUUGCGGCGCGGCUGUCGCAAAGCGCUUCGCCCCUCUGAUUAACAUUGGCCGUAUUUUCCUGGCGUUGAAUGCAUCGAUGCUUGUGAUUGCCCUAUGUCAAUGUCCACCAAAAACGACACUUGUCACUGCAGUUUUUGCUGCUCCUGCUUUUCUGUGGGCGACACCGCUUGAACCUCAGCGGAUUGGCGUAAUGCUCAAGAAUCUCAUGCGUGCGAAACAUGAUAAACAAGUGCGAGGUUCUUCGCCGACAUUUAGCAAUUCACUCGUCAUCAAACGAGUCCCUGGCAUGAAGGCUAUAUUCAACGGUAUCAUCCGAGGUUGUGGGGUAUUCUUCGUUGUUAACUCAGCGCUGCAGGUAUCGCAGGUGACAGACCGAGCCGCGCCCCCAUGGAUGCUCAUUGAGACUAUCAUCUGGUCGACGGUCAAUCGCACUUGUCAUUCUGUUAUGACGGAUGUGCGUGACUUUGAUGAUGACAAGAAGGCUGGAGUCCCGACUAUACCCGUCCUUCUAGGAUCCCCCCUUAGGACUCGAGUAGUCUUGACUAUUAUUCAAGCAGCCAUCAUGAUGGCCUUUCGCCACAACUUAUACAUUUUAGCCAGUUCCUACUUUGCGAUUGCUCUCGUUUGGAUCCUAGGGAAAGAUUCCCCGAAGGUGUACUUCCUACUCAGUGUUCACUCACAGUCGAUGUUUAUCUUUAUGUACGCUGUUGAAAAAGUUGUUCUCCCUAGAUUAUUCUACUAGGCUAACCCUGGACUUGGGUUUCCUCAACAACAACUGGAGCAAUAAAAAUUUUCACUUGACUCGCACCCAGGUUCACGAUGUUACUGCAUUUCAACCCAAGGACAUUAUGAUCGACC